AGCCGACGCGGUUUCAGUCGAUCUGCGAGCUUCGAGUGAAGCGUUCCAUAUAAAUCCACUUCAAGAUCGCCGGCUAGCUGGGAAGUGAAGAUAGAAGAGUGAUUUUUAUUUUGGUGACAAGUGGAAGAUGUGGGGCAAGGCGGCCGCUGCUUUGUUGCUUCUUGUGACUUUGGUUCGGGGUCAGAGCAACUCCACCACUACCGGACCGAAAGUUCUGUGCUAUUACGAUGGAUCAAACUCGCUGAAGGAAGGACUUGGUAAAGUUACAGUACCGGACAUUGAGCUAGCGCUUCCUUUCUGUACUCAUCUGAUCUAUGGAUAUGCGGGCAUCGAUCCAACUUCCAACAAAAUUCGUCCUUUGGAUGGCACCCUGGACUUGGACUCCGGAAAGGGACAAUACCGGGCUGUGACCGUCCUCAAGAAACGUUUCCCCAAUCUCAAGGUUCUGGUGAGCAUUGGCUUCUACAAAGAUCUGACCGAGGAAAAACCCUUCGAGAAGUACCUGACUUUGCUGGAAUCUACUGGAGGGCGUACGGCAUUCGUGAACUCGGUUCACACCCUGCUCAAGACUUACGAGUUCGAUGGUCUGGACUUGGCAUGGCAGUUCCCUCAAUCCAAACCGAAACGCAUUCGAGGAUGGACCGGCAAACUGUGGCAUGGAUUCAAGAAACUCUUCACCGGAGACAGCAUCCUGGACCCCAAGGCCGAUGAACACAGGGAAGAGUUCACAGCUCUAGUGCGUGACCUCAAAAAUGCCUUCAGGCCCGAUAACUACGAGCUUGGUCUAACGGUGCUUCCUCACGUCAACGAAACCGUCUUCAUGGACAUUCCCCUGUUGAAGGAUAACAUCGACUACGUCAACCUGGCGGCAUUCGACCAGCAAACUCCGGAAAGAAACCCCAAGGAAGGAGACUUCACCAGCCCUAUCUAUGAACCCGAAGGACGUGUUGUGGGAAACAACGUCGAAGGCAAAGUCAACCACUGGCUCGCCAACAAAACUCCGCUCAACAAAAUCGUCAUCGGCAUUCCGACGUACGGCCGCGGUUGGAAGCUGAACGGCGAUUCCGGCAUCACCGGUGUUCCACCGAUCCCGGCCAAUGGUCCGCACAUUCCGGGACCGUACAGUGGAAUCGAUGGGUUCUACAGCUGGGCGGAAGUUUGUGCCAUGCUGCCCAAUCCCGGAAAUGCUAAUGCCAAGGGAGCGGACUAUCCGCUGAGAAAGGUGGGGGAUCCCACCAAGCGAUUCGGGGUGUACGCCUUCCGUAAUCCGGACGAGAACGAGAAGAAUGGCGUGUGGUUGUCCUACGAAGAUCCGGACUCGUCGGGAAACAAGGCGGCCUACGUGAAGGCCAAGGGCUUGGGCGGUAUCUCGAUUUUCGAUCUUGGAAAUGAUGAUUUCCGGGGAACGUGUGCCGGAGAUAAGUUCCCGAUUCUGAGGGCGGCCAAGUAUCGGCUCUAAGUGGAUUUGGAACGAUCAACGGAUAAUUUUGCUGAGCGAAAUGUUGAAUGUGAUGAAUUUUCAUUGUAAAGUUGGUUGAAAUAAAUUUCUCUAAUUUCAAAAUUA